UUAAUUUUUGAAAUCAAAAACAUCAAUGUCAUGUUUAUUAUUUCUUAAAAUAAUAUGCUAAAUAUAUUAAAAUUCCAAACAUCAUUAAAGCUUGCGCUAUACUUUUUUUAACUUUGUACGUAACUAUUGAGUUUGUAGCAAUUAGUCUAAAGUACUGCAAUGGUGUAUUUUGCUCAUCAUCCGAAUUAUUAAAUUACUGCAAAAAAAAUCUGAAAAUAAACACCUGUUUUAAUGAAUUCCAUACAAUUUGAUGUAUUUAGUCAUCUAGGCUCUUUGUUUAUAAUGUCUUUUUUUUUUACAUUCUGAGUUUUUUUCUUAAUUUUAAUUCUCAUUUUGUAGAAUGCAUAGCCUUGGAUAGAAUAUAUAAAGUAGUAUAAGAAAGCGAAAGUAGAUAACAUCAAAUAACAAACUAAAACAAAUGAAAAAAUAAUCUUUUGUUUAACAUGCCAUGCAUAUCACAGCAUGAAUUUUUGUUAAUAAUCAGCUGCUUUAAUAAGGAUUUUAUUUUAUUAUUGCAUUAUCUAAGUUUUUUAUUGUAUUUAUUUAUUUUUGCAUACCAUGAAUCUUCCACGAAAUUUGAUUCUUUUUUUCCUGCAACAAAUUUCAAACCCUAGCCUGCACAUAGCAUUUUAAUACAUUUUAUUUAGAAAAUAAAAUUAGUUAAUUAUUAUUUAGAGCAUCUAAAGACAAGAAUGCAAAAAGACAAUUGGUUCAAUGAAUGUUUGCUUUAACAACGUUUUGGUGUUAAUAAUUGUUGGGUUUUUUUGCAAAAAUCUUUAUUUAACAAAUCGAAAAGUAGUGCCAUUAAUCUCUGUAAUAAAAAAGCUAGGUUAUUUUUUUGUAAAUAAGUUUAUAAUUCUAAUGAAGUGUUGCUCUUUUCAGCCUCUUCAAUUAAUGACUACAGUUGCCACUCCAGUAUUUGAUAAACGAAAUAUCAAGUCUGCUAGUUUAUUGGGAGUGGCUGGUACUGAUAUUCCUAUCAGGGAAAUUACUAAAUUAACAAGAGCUGAUAAGAUUGGAGUCAAUGCUUAUUCAUUUGCAAUUACAAAUAAUGAGCAUGUACUUUUUCAUCCAGAGCUUAGACCAUUGGUAACUUUUUUUCAAUGCUACUUAAUAUCACUUGUUUAUUAAAAUGUUUUGAACUAAUAUCAGCACUUAUUUCUUAAAUUAAAUUCAUUUCCUAUAACUUUUUCUAAAUUUUAAUGUAAUUUCUUUUGUUUCAUUGAAUAAUUUCUUUUAUUACUUUAAAAGAAAAUGUUGCUCAGAAUUUUUCAUUCAUCUCUUAAACAACUCGAAUCAUUUCUCAAUCAUCAAUUUAUUGAUUUCAAAUUUUGUAAAUAUAGCACUUUUCAACAUCCUUCAAAUUACUAUUCUCUCCUUUCUUUGUUCUUUAUUAUUUUAUGCAUUAAGCAAACUGUGUAUUUCCUCCUCAUAUUAGGCACUGUAAUAAUUAUUAUAUUAUAGGCACUAAUCUAAAUAGGAAUGAGAGUUAAAAUUUUUGAAGGAGAAAAAAACUUUUGUCUCUUAUAGAUUAGCUUUAUAUUUCCUAUUUAUUGUUUUAAUGAUUUAUUGUCUGACCAAUUUUUACUUUUUUUGAGAUUUGACAAUAUAGAUUCGAACUUGCA